AUGGAUUCAAGAGGAUUGAUCGAAAAAGUUUUUAAUGAAGAAAACGAAGUUAUAAAACAUGAUUACAGUUUAUUUGGCAAUUUCAAGGAAAUUAGCAGAAGUCAAUCCGGAACUGUUCGAAAAGCGACUUUGGGAGAUAAAAUAAUUGUUCUUAAAAGCAUAAAUAUUGAUAAACCUGAAGUUACUGACCAAACUAAUACCGAUGAAAAAUUUAUUAAAGCCUUUAAAUUGAGACGAAGUACUAUGUCAUCAAUAUUUAAAAAUUUAAUCGUAGAUAAACCCAUUCAAAGACAAACUUAUGAGCAUGAAACUAUUAACGAAACUUCUAAAUCAAAUGAAGAAUUUUCAACUGUGAUCACUACUGAGCAUGUAAAAGAAAUUCUUUCUUGGAUUGAUCCUCACAAUGCUCAACUUGAGUUCAAAUUGAUUCUCAGGGCAAGUCGAGAUGGAUAUAAGAAAGACACCUUUUAUAGUAAAUGUAAAGAUAUAGCUCAUACAGUAGUUGUUUUAAAGGUUAAAAAAUCAGGAGAGAUUCUCGGUGGAUAUAAUCCUUUUACUUGGGAAGAAAUUAAAGGAAAGAAAUACAAAGAAACUCAUCGCAGUUUUAUAUUUUCAUUAAAAAAUGGACAAUUUAAUUCUACACUUAGUAGAGUCAAGGAUAAGGAACGCGCAAUUUGUUGUAAAGAAGGUUUUGGUCCAUCUUUUGGCUAUUUGGAUCUUUAUAUGUCUAGAAGUGAUGAAAAAAUUUGGGGAUGCUGUGAAAUAGCGUAUGAAAGAUCAAUCAAAAUCAAUGAAAAUGAAUCUCAAAAAUAUAGUGAAUUUCGAAUAGAAGAUUAUGAAGUAUUUCAUAUUUCAGGCCUUAACCAUGAUUAA